GGCCUCCUCUGUUUCGACGAUUACUUCAUCGGCAAAGUUCCUGGCACAACUCCAUGGCCUCUCGCGCGAUACUAUUUAGAACGACGGAUUUCCCGCCUUGAUAUCCUCCCCCUCCUUUUUUGCUACAAGAGGAGGCAAAAGGGGCGCCCAUACUUACCGGAAGACAUGGCACUGGCUGUACAGCUGUCCGAGCAAGAACUGGCCCGAGAGGCUCGGGCUGCCCUUGCUGCAGUUACAGAGAAGUACGAUGAUACGCUUCGAUUCUACCUGAAUGGCACCGAAGUCACGCUGGACUCUGUAGAUCCGGAGGCGACGCUGCUGGAGUAUCUUCGAGGAAUAGGGUUGACAGGGACCAAGCUGGGAUGCGCAGAAGGCGGUUGUGGAGCUUGCACCGUGGUCGUUUCGUACCGGAAUCCGACAACGAAGAGAAUAUACCAUGCUUCUGUGAAUGCCUGCCUAGCUCCGUUGGUCAGUGUCGACGGCAAGCAUGUUAUUACUGUCGAGGGUAUCGGCGACGUUAAGAAUCCCCACCCCGUCCAACAAAGAAUAGCGGUGGGAAAUGGAAGUCAAUGUGGCUUCUGUACGCCUGGAAUUGUUAUGAGUCUAUAUGCCCUUCUCCGCAACAAUCCAAGUCCCUCCGAACACGAUGUUGAAGAGGCAUUUGACGGAAACCUCUGUCGGUGCACCGGAUACCGUUCAAUAUUAGAUGCUGCUCAGUCUUUCUCCGCACCAAAAUGUUGUCAAUCAAGCGGAGGAGGUGGCUGUUGCAUGGAACGGGGUUCUAAAGGCUGCAGCAAACCCGAAAAGGAUGACAGCACUCUUUCUACAGUGAAGCAGACAUUCAAAGCGCCCGAAUUCAUUCCUUAUUCCCCGGGCACGCAACUGAUCUUUCCACCCGCCCUUCACAAUCACAAACUACUCCCUCUGGCAUUCGGAAAUAAGAAGAAGCGCUGGUAUCGACCUGUGACCCUCCGUCAGCUGCUAGAAAUCAAGAAUAUAUACCCUGAUGCCAAAAUCAUCGGAGGAAGUACAGAAACUCAGAUUGAAAUAAAAUUUAAAGCUAUGGAGUAUGCCGAUUCAGUGUACGUGGGUGAUAUACCGGAACUGAAACAGUAUUCCUUUAAAGAUAAUUGCCUUGAGCUGGGAGGAAACGUUUCGUUGACGGAUCUUGAAGAUAUCUGUGACGAAGCGGUGAAAAAGUUUGGGCCACUCAGAGGGCAACCUUUUACUGCGAUCAAGAAACAAAUUCGUUAUUUUGCUGGACGGCAAAUCCGAAAUGUGGCCUCUCCCGCUGGUAAUAUAGCCACUGCUUCUCCUAUCUCCGAUUUGAACCCUGUCUUCGUGGCCACGAGAACGACUUUGAUUGCAGAGUCUCUAGACGAGAAGAGUGAGAUACCCAUGUGUAAUUUUUUCAAAGGAUACAGGUCCACGGCUUUAGACUCCAAUGCGGUUGUGACUGGAUUGCGAAUUCCUGCGAGUCAGGUAAAGGGGGAAUUUCUCAGGGCUUACAAACAGGCUAAACGAAAAGACGACGAUAUUGCUAUCGUCAACGCAGCGCUGCGGGUAUCUCUGGACGAUUCCAACGUCGUAACUAGUGCCAACUUGAUUUAUGGAGGCAUGGGGCCAGUGACCAUGCCAGCUCCGAAGGCUGAAAAGUUUUUGGUUGGCAAACAAUGGACUGAUCCUGCCACUCUCGAAGGAGUGAUAGAUUGUCUUGAAAGAGACUUUACCCUUCCAUCGUCUGUUCCAGGGGGAAUGCCGACGUACCGCAAAAGUCUUGCCUUUGGAUUCUUUUAUCGGUUUUACCAUGACAUCUUGUCGAACCUGCAGCAUCCACAGGCUUUCAGCGAUGCCGAUUCUGUACCAGAGAUUGAGAGAGCAAUUUCCAUGGGCCAGAAGGACCAUGGUGCAGCAGCCGCUUACGAGCAAGGUAUCUUGGGAAAAGAGACUCCGCAUGUCUCGGCGCUGAAGCACGCAACUGGGACGGCCCAGUACACGGACGAUAUUCCGACACAGAAGAAUGAACUUUUUGGCUGCCUUGUUCUUUCAGGGAAGGCGCGGGCCAAGAUCCUGAAUAUUGAUUUUGACCGGGCUUUGGAUAUUCCUGGGGUAGUGGAGUAUGUGGAUCAUAGAGAUCUGCCGAACCCAGAAGCCAACUGGUGGGGUCAGCCGCCAGCCGACGAAGUAUUCUUUGCGGUCGAUGAAGUACUCACGGCCGGACAGCCGAUUGGCAUGAUACUUGCAACUUCCCCAAGAGCGGCCGAGGCGGGAUCUAGAGCGGUUAGGAUUGAAUAUGAAGAGCUACCUGCGAUUUUGAGCAUUGAGCAAGCCAUUGAGAAGGAUUCAUUCUACGAUUAUAAACCAUAUAUAAGGAAUGGAAAUCCCGAAGGCGCUUUUGCAAAAGCCGAUCAUGUGUUCAGUGGCACAUCCAGAAUGGGUGGCCAAGAGCAUUUCUACCUGGAAACGCAGGCUUGCGUUGCUAUCCCAAAGCCAGAGGACGGGGAGAUGGAGAUUUGGAGCAGCACUCAAAACCCUACAGAAACUCAAAAGUAUGUUGCAAAUGUAACGGGCGUCGCGGCCAAUAAAAUCGUGUCUCGAGUAAAACGCCUUGGCGGAGGUUUCGGCGGCAAAGAGUCGCGAUCGGUUCAGUUGGCAUGUAUAUGUGCAGUAGCCGCUAAAAAAUCAAAGAGGCCUGUCCGUUGCAUGCUUAAUCGGGAUGAAGACAUGAUUACCACUGGGCAGCGUCACCCUUUCCUAUGCCACUGGAAAGUUGGCGUGACGAAGGAAGGGAAGCUGUUAGCCUUAGAUGCAGACGUCUAUGCCAAUGUUGGUUAUUCCCGCGAUCUUUCCACGGCUGUUGUCGAACGAGCGUUGUCGCAUAUAGAUGGCGUCUAUAAUAUCUCAAACGUCCAUGUUCGGGGCUAUUUAUGUCGCACGAACACCAUGUCUAACACAGCAUUUAGGGGCUUUGGGGGACCUCAAGGCAUGUUCUUUGCGGAAUCUUUCAUUUCCGAGAUCGCCGAUCAUCUGGAUAUUCCUGCAGAGGAGAUUCGCCAGAUAAACAUGUACAAACCCAACGAAAAGACACAUUUCAAUCAGGAAUUGAGAGAUUGGCAUGUUCCUCUGAUGUAUCAGCAGGUUUUGGACGAGUCGGACUAUGCGGCUCGCCGCAAGACGGUCACAGAAUAUAACAAGGCUCACAAAUGGUCCAAGAGGGGCCUGGCAAUCAUUCCGACAAAAUUUGGUAUCUCGUUUACAGUAACUUUUCUAAACCAAGCAGGGGCACUGGUGCAUAUCUAUCGAGAUGGCAGUGUCUUGGUUGCACAUGGUGGAACAGAGAUGGGCCAGGGUCUCCAUACCAAGAUUGUAAUGAUAGCGGCGGAGGCACUCAAAGUUCCUCAGGCAGACGUCCAUAUAUCUGAGACAGCCACUAAUACCGUGGCGAAUACUUCGCCCACAGCUGCUUCAGCCAGUUCGGAUCUUAACGGCUAUGCGGUUUUCAACGCGUGCCAACAGCUCAAUGACCGCCUCCAGCCUUAUAGAGAAAAAAUGCCGAACGCGUCGAUGACGGAACUGGCAGAUGCGGCAUACCAUGACCGUGUAAACUUGUCGGCAAAUGGAUUUUACAAAACUCCAGAUAUAGGGUAUAAGUGGGGCGAGAACACCGGGCAGAUGUUCUACUAUUUCACUCAAGGAGUGACCGCUGCGGAAGUCCAGAUCGAUACUCUGACUGGCGACUGGACGCCUCUUCGAGCCGAUAUAAAAAUGGACGUCGGACACAGCAUCAAUCCAGCCAUUGAUUAUGGGCAGAUCGAGGGCGCCUUCAUCCAAGGCCAAGGGUUGUUCACAACAGAAGAGAGCCUUUGGCACCGUGCCUCCGGACACCUCUUCACUAGGGGACCCGGCGCAUAUAAGAUCCCCGGAUUCCGCGAUAUCCCCCAGAUUUUUAACGUGAGCCUGCUAAAGGACGUCGAGUGGGAAAACUUGCGCACAAUCCAGCGCUCUCGGGGUGUCGGCGAACCGCCUCUGUUCAUGGGAAGUGCUGUGUUCUUUGCAAUCAGAGACGGCCUGAGAGCCGCUAGGAAGCAGUGGGGUGUGGAUGAUGUUUUGAGCUUAUGGAGUCCGGCGACGCCGGAGAGGAUACGGAUCAGCUGCUGUGAUCCACUUGUGGAGAGAGGGAGAGUAGAAGAUCGGGGAGAUGGGUUCUUUGUCGUUAUCUAGGGGCUGGGUUCGCCACGUUUUUGCUAUAUUCUUCAACCACAUGUUCCACACACAGAGAGAGAGAGAGCGAGAGUUGAUGAUCGUC